AUGUCGCAAGCUCCCAACGAUACCGGAAUGGCGGCCUUCGCUCGUAGAGCCUCGUUGGUCGGCAUUCGCGUCACGUCUCCCGAGAAGGCGACAUCUGAGGCCGCCCAGAAGUUCAUCAACAAGGCAGCCAAGGCUGGCGUGAGAGUCUCAACCCCCGACAAGGCCGUCAAGCCCCCCAACCCGCGCGUCCAAGACGAGGCAACCACGGCGACCAGUGACGAGGCAGCGACCCCGACCAGAAACCAGGCAGGCAUCAAACCGAACCCGAGAGCUACCGAGUUCAAGCCCUACAGUAAUGGAGCCGCGCCUGCCGAGUUCCAGCCCUUCCGUCCCGGAGCCAAGUCUCACGAAAUCCAGCCGGUCCCCGUUCGAGUCACGCCCCACGAGUUCAAGCCGAGAGCUACCGAGUUCGAGCCCUCCGGUCCUCGAGUCGCGCCUCCCAAGUUCCAGAAAUUCCGUCCUGGGGCCACGUCUCACGAGCUCCAGGCCUUUGGUGACCAAACCACGUCCUACGAGGGUUGCCCCUUCGGGAACCAAACCAACUCUUACGUGAGCGAACCGGUCCCCCUUCGAGCGAAGCCCCACGAGUUCAAGCCGAGUGCUGAGGAUGAUGACAUUUAUGGAUAA